CUCCUGCCUGGCUUCAUCGGGCCUAGGGCGGGUUGAGAAUCGGGCUUUUCCUCUGCACGGGUAAAUUUGAAAUCUCCGCAGCGUCUCUGAAAUCUCUCACUUCUGUACGUCCGAACAGCUUUGUUUCACCAUUCUCCAGCUAGAUUCUUUAACCCUGUGCCAGUAAUCAGCAGAAUCGAUCCUUCUCCACGGCGUAGAGGCAUAGAGAGCCGGAAGAUUUAGGGAUUCUAUGUUUCUCCUGCGAUUCCAAUACUGAUUAUUUAUUCGAGCUGAGCCGGGGUUUUCGGAUUCUCUGUCCUUGUCUCGGGAGGCUGCCGAAAGGGAUGGCACCUGAUAAUUUAAUUAUUCUGUAGUCUUUAUUGCGUCGAUUCCUCCGUUUCUUGAAAGGUUAGAACACCUGAAGCCAAGUGGAGAAGUUGAUUUGAUUAUAAGGAGGAAAGGAACGGGGCGAGUUAGAUUGCUGGUUUGGAGCCACGGCCAUAAUCUUGAGGCGGAUUUUGCGAGAUGUUGCUGGAUCGAGAGGGCCUGGGCGGAUUUGUUAAUUGCAUCAAUGGCUUUGUACCUCUCUGCGAGUGGCACCUGCAGCCACUGUUACUAGGUUUAUAGCAUCAAAUAUAUUCAUCGUCCCUCUCUGAGGUUCCGGAGCCCUAAUCCGAUAAAGGCUCUUUAUGCCUGGAGAAACCUUUUCUCUUUCGCAUCUGCUGGAAAUGGGCUGUUGUGGUUGCUUUGGGUUCCUGAAGAAAUCCUCCCAUAGAUCUUUAUUUUCAAUCCGUGGCCUUGGAAGUCAAUUUCCGCAAGAGUUUUUUCUUCCAGAACCCUCAGAAGAUGGGGAUAGCAUCUCAUACAGUGGAACUAGUGAUGGAAGCACCAAACCUCGUGCAAAAAAAUCUGAAGAGAUCCUCUUGGCAAGAGCUCAAAGUGGAUGGAUUUGCAGGGAAGUACCUGUCAAGGAAACUCGGAAGGUUACACUUUGUGAGGAUGAGCAUGGAAAUAAAAUGGUUAAUGAAUAUGUUCGGGAAUCCAAGAUUGGUUCUGGUAGCUAUGGAAAAGUGGUGUUAUAUCGUAGCACCAAAGAUGGAAACAAGUAUGCCAUUAAGGUUUUUCAUAAAUCACAUUUGCUUAAGUUGCGUGUGGCACCAUCCGAGACUGCAAUGAAUGAUGUUCUUAGGGAGGUUUCAAUCAUGAAAAUGUUGGGCCAUCCCAAUAUAGUAAAUCUUAUUGAGGUGAUUAAUGAUCCACUGUCAGAUCACUUCUACAUGGUCCUAGAGUAUGUGGAAGGUAAGUUGGUAUGUGAAGGUUCUGGUCCAGGUGGCAUUGGAGAAAGUAAAUCUAGAAGAUACUUGAGAGAUGUCGUUGCUGGUCUCCUGUAUCUCCACGCUCAUAAUAUUGUCCAUGGGGAUAUUAAGCCUGAUAACCUUUUGAUAACCAGCACUGGGCUAGUGAAGAUUGGAGAUUUCAGUGUCAGCCAAGUUUUUGAGGAUGAUAAUGAUGAACUCCGAAGAUCUCCUGGAACUCCUGUCUUUACUGCUCCAGAGUGUUGUUUAGGCUUAACCUAUCAUGGGAGAGCUGCUGACACAUGGGCUCUAGGUGUCACUCUAUAUUGCAUGGUUGUAGGUCACUAUCCAUUCCUUGGAGAGACACUGCAGGAAACUUAUGACAAGAUCGUUAACAACCCAUUGUUCUUACCUGACGACAUAAAUCCGCAGCUUAGAAACUUGCUCGAACGUCUUCUCUGCAAAGAUCCCAAGCACCGAAUUACCUUGCCUGCAGUGGCUGAGCAUCCUUGGGUUGUUGAAGAGGAUGGGCCUAUACCGGAGUACCCGUGCCGGCACAAAAAUUUAGUCAAAUUAUCUUCCUAAGCUUAUUUUUUUGAAAAAUAACUUAAUGGAUUACUUGGAGAGGUGACGAUGAGUGUUGGUAAUAACUAGCAAGAAUUGUUCAGUUCACAGACCUUCUGCCUUGUUCUGCUGUGAAUUAGCGUUGUGUUGUUUCUCUCUCUUUUUUUUGUUUUUUAUAUUAAUUUUAAGAGAGAAUGUUGUUGUUUUAUGUCAAGGCUAGUGGUGUGGAUCUUUUUUUUUUAUUUUCUUCUUUAUGUUAGUAAUGGAAUUUAUGGUGUGAGCAAUAAGAUGGUCUGCUUUAAUCUGAUUAUGGGAUAUGAGUCUGAAUACUAAACUUUGCUUGUAUUCAUGAUUUACUGGUUAAAAUGCUUUCCGCAUUGUGAUGGUCAAA